AUACGAAUAGCCACAAUGUUGUUUGAAAUAUACACUAAAAGUGUUGUAAUUAUUUUAAUUGUAAAGGAAACCUGCUUUGCAGUUGCCACAGAUGACGUAACAAGUAUCAAAGAUGUCGACAAAAUGUGUUCAGUGUCGUUGAGUGCAUGCGAAUUAAAGAAGGGAUCUCUUGGAAGUCUAUCUGGAUUAAAAGGAGAUAAAGGCGAUCCAGGUCCAAAAGGUGGAAGAGGCCCGGUUGGCGACCAAGGCAUACCAGGACCAAAAGGCGAAAGUUGCACAGACGGUGUACCGGGCCCGAAAGGAGAACAAGGCCCGCCCGGAGAACCAGGAGUAUGUCCCAUAAAGUGUGAACCACCGAUUACUUCAGAAAGUAGCGAACAUGGCGCUGAAGGAACGCUUGAGAUUGGAACGAAAAACCGCCCCUCCGAUUUCCCUUGCCAUGUCAAGAAUUACGAGGGCGAAUUUAAAGAUGUAAUUUGGAUUAAUCCUAAAGAAAAACUUCUAGUGAAGUGCAUAGAGAAGACUGCACAGACUUGUCUUAUUUUUAAUCCAAUUAAAGAUGAAAAAGAAAUAGAAAGCAAUUCGUUUAAUUUAAGUAAUAAAACUGCACCAUUCUGGCUGAGCGAAGCUUUAACCACAAAAGAAGGCAAACAAAGAAGAUAUUUUAAUCUGACCCAAUUUUAUAAUAACGUUACUAUGAAACAAAUAGCUUGGUUACAAGAGAAAACUACACAGGUCAAUCAAACGAUAAGGUAUCACUGUAAGAAUUCUCACAUUAAGGAGACGCCAGAAACUGAAUUACAUUUAUACUCUUGGAAUGAUGUCCCCAUAGGACCUGAUUCUACUGAAAUAAACCCCAUAAAAUAUUGGGUGUUUGACAAAAAUAAUUGCACGGCAAGUGCACCUAAAACUGAAUGGCUUUAUACUGACAUAACGGUGAUAAGUAAUACGCAACGGUUACCAGUUAUCGACUUUCAUAUUAGAGAUAUACGCAAGGAAGAACAACAGUUCUUCUUACAAGUAGUAGAACUAUGCUUCCGUUAGUUUUAAAAUGUUGAAGUGAAAUCUGUAUUUAUUAAUAAAGAGGCUAGAAAUAUUUGACCUUGUGAAUGUUGAAUUCAUCCAUUUGAAGGGUCCAAAAUCAACAAAAACCUUUUGUGUUCCUCUUCUAUUACGAUUGGGCAAGUAUAAUCUUUUAAAGCGCUGG